UUUUAAUUGGGGCAAAAACAACCAAAAAUUAAUCUUUUUAAAAGGUCAUCGCUUAAAAACUUAUUAAUUAAUUUAAAAUUAAUCUAAUCGUUUACAACUCUACUUAUAUUAUUCGACUAACCGCGGUUUAGUUCCCCACCGAACUGAUAUAUUAUUACAAAAGUUUUUUUGAUUACGUGAAAUUCACGCGCCUUUUUAGCGCCAUCUAUUACCGAAAACCUAAAACUGUCUCUUGACAUAAUCAUUUUAAUUAGUGAGGUUAUGUUAUAUUAACACCCGAGUUUAAAGUUUCGUUUUGUUGUGUUUUAAUUUAAUUAACUCAUUUUAAUCGACUCACCCAAUUUCGAAGCUAAAUCCUACACAUAAAGAUAAAAUCAAUUCCAAAAGUGGACAACUUCAUGUGAAUCAACAAAGAUGGAAAGGGGUGAAGUUUGUAAUAAUAAAUUGAUACAAAUCUUGAAUAUUAAAGAUCAAAAAGUGAUUAUAAUCAAGGAAAAUCAUCUGGCUGAAGCUCAAUUUAUAAUUCCCCAUUUACUAGUAAAAAUUUUGAAUCAAAGUUACUCCGAAAUUUGUUUUGUAACCUUACAUAAACCUUUACAACAUUAUAAAACGUGUUGUAAAAAGCUUGGGUAUAAAUUAGUCGAAAAUAAUCGUAUAUUUUGCAUUGAAAAUUUCCACGAAAUCAUUUUUGAAUUGGACGAAACACCGAAAGAAGAAUUAUCAGAACACAUCGUUAAAGAAUUUUUAAAACAAGUCAUGUCAAUUCUGAAUCAAUUAAACAGAGAACGAUAUUUAGUAAUCGACGAUAUUACGCAUUUAUUGGAUUUAGGAAUUGAAAUCAAACACAUAAUGAAUUUAGUGAACAUGCUGAUUAAUAUGAACAUUACUUGCAUUUUUGGGACACAUAAAUCUGAGGAGAAAAAGGAUGAAAUUGUUAGUAAUUAUUUGGAGAGGAUUUCAGACAUUGUUUUUCAAGUUUCUCCUUUAAAAACUGGUCGAAGUGAAGCUGUUAGUGGAUUUUUACAUGUUUUGAGACAGGACAAUCUGAAAAACGAAAUGUAUCAUUACAAAACGAACGAGAAUAAUGUUGAAGUUUUUGAACCUGGUGAAACUUAUAAAUAUCUAAAAUAAAUUUAAGAUGAAAUUUUGUAAUGCUUUUAUUUAAAUUAUAAAUCAAAUCUAAUAAGUCUAA